AAGAGAGACUUUUUGCUAAAAAGUGCAGGAAGCACUUGAGAGUGCACACGUUCCUCGGAUCGUAAAGGCAACCGCAUAGAUUCUUUUUAGAAUGAGCCCUUCUCAAUGAGUCUCAUGUUCCGCGGCAUAUAUCAGCUGUUCAGUGACAGUUCACCAAUCGUAGAGACUGUAGGAACUAUAGAAGCGUCAAAACAGAGGAAGAGGUUUAUUGUUUGGGACACAAGUGCAACAUGGCUAUCUGGUGAUUAAUAAUCGAGCGAUAUGUCAAUAGACAAAGGAGCAACGCAACUCUCGUGAAGAAGUGAAAGCAAUUCUCAUGAUAAUUCGAACCACUUCGCGCGUGGCGUACAGUUCCGCUGUUCCGAACGAGGCAAUACGAGAAAAGAGAUAAGAUGUUGGAGCUCGAGGUGGUGCCCGAAAGGUCUCUCGGAUGCGAGCAGUGGGAAUUUAUUUUAGGCAUGCAUUUUUCCCAGUCAGUAUCAAUAAUACAAUCUCAAGUCGGUAUCAUAAGAGGGGUACAAGUACUUUAUAGCGACAGUAACCCGUUAGAUGUAGAUCUAGUGAUAAAUUUACCUCAUGAUGGAAUUCGGCUUAUAUUUGAUCCCAUUGUACAAAGACUUAAGAUAAUUGAAAUUUACAAUAUGAAGUUAGUGAAACUGAAGUAUUGUGGCUUGCCGUUCAAUUCGCCGGAAGUGUUACCUUCGAUCGAACAGAUAGAGCAUUCUUUCGGAGCCACCCAUCCUGGUGUUUAUGACAGCGAAAAACAGGUGUUUGUACUAAACUUUCGGGGACUGUCCUUUUACUUUCCCAUCGACUCAAAGUUCCAGCCCGGUUACGCUCAUGGAUUAGGCUCGUUGCAGUUCCCCAACGGGACUUCUCCUCUAGUUGCAAAAACGGCGAUUUAUAUCGGAAAUAUGCCAGCUAGUGGUAGCAGUGAGGAACAUGGCUCGAAAGCACCGCCGCCACCUUUACCACUUGUCUGUUAUCAUAACAAUUUGUACUUAGAGAAAGCUGAUAUCAUUAGAGACAAAACACGCACCAGAGGGCUCAAAUUGCAUCUUUUCACAGAAGGUAGUUCCGGCACGAGAGCACUGUUGGAGCCGAAGAAACGAUGUCUAGUGAAAGAGGUAUUAUUCGGUGACACUUGCGAAGAUGUUUUAAGCGCGCUUGGUGCUCCGUCUAGAGUGUUCUAUAAAGCGGAGGAUAAGAUGCGCAUCCAUAGUCCACACGCGCACAAGCGGGACAAAAUAAGACGAUCAGACUUCUUCUAUAAUUAUUUUACUUUAGGUUUGGAUGUCUUGUUCAAUGCCAAAACUCAAUGCGUAAAAAAGUUUGUACUUCACACCAAUUAUCCGGGACACUAUAACUUCAACAUGUAUCAUCGUUGCGAAUUUUCUUUAACAUUGCCUCCUGAGAAUAAUUCCACGGAAUCGGGAAAACUGAUUGACGUUUCUCCCUCUCCUGUUACAAUCACUGCCUAUACAAAAUGGGAUAGAGUGAGCGAGCAACUAAAGGCAAGCGCGCGCCCUGUGGUGUUGAAUCGUGCAUCUUCGACAAACACAACCAAUCCAUUUGGUUGUACUUUUUGUUACGGUAUACGGGAUGCAAUUGUCGAAGUUAUGGCAAAUCAACAUAUCGCGAGUGUAACUUUAUAUAGAGCAGCAUGACGUUGAUAAUUUACACGAAAUAACGCAUUAUGUUGCGUAACCUGAGACAAGUAUAAAGAACGAUUAUUAUAUAUACAGGAUAAAGUCGUGUUUUAUUUUCUAACGUCUUAAAUCUGACGAUUAAAGGUAAGAAAGAGAGGUAAUUAAAAUAGGACUGUUCACUUUAGCUGCACUUUUUGCGAUUACGGUAUCUCAGUCGUAUCUUUCUCUCGACCUUCCUCCAAACGUAUAUCCAAUCGUUUAAUUUUAAGUGCAGAAAGUGUUACAAGAGAGAUGUAACUAAAAUGAACAGUCCGAACUAAAGUGAAAAUGGUCAUAUGUAAAGUAACGCUUGCUGGGAACGUAUAUUUGUGAAUUACUGUGAAUAUAAUUUUGAAUAUACAUUUGUAAACGUAUGAGAAUAUAUUUUACACAUUUUACGAGCGCUAAUACACUUACAAAGAUACGUUUGAAAUUUUUAUCCGUUAUUAGUGAGCAUGUUUUGCCCAACAUGCCCAUAAAAUACUGAGCUUUUUUCUAAAAUUAAUAUUAUCACGAUUUUAGAAUACAAAGAUGUUAUAACAAUAAGUUGCGUAAGACGUAAAUGUUAAAAUGAUAAAAUAGUAGUUGUGGAAGAUGUAUAAAAUUCAGAUAUUACAUUUCAAGACACUUAUGUAGUAACAUGUGAGGUAAUGUAUCAUUUUUCUGCAGAUAUUUUCUCACAGCUUCAGACAUGCUUGAGUCAUUUUUUCGAGUUGAUUUUAUCUUAACAAAAAUUUCAUCAGGGGAACUGCCCUUUCGUAUGACUAAUUAUAACUGUGAAUUAAAUUAACAUUAAACAUCUUAAAUAAGCAGUUAGUUUCUAUUGUGAUUAAAUGAAUUUUGUGACUUAUGUGUUCGCACAUAUAAAUAUUGAUAUCAUUUCACCUGUAUUAAGAAAAUACUAAAAUACUUUAUAUCUCAUUAAGAAAUAAGCAGCUGUUAAUUGAGAAAAGAAAUUAUUAUUUCGAGACCUACGUAUUUAUGUGAAAUCUGCAUUUUAUCUUGUUUUCUGUUAAUGAAAUAGGAAAGUAGAUUGCAAGGUACAAAGACAUAGCAACCUUCAACUAAAUUUAAUAUGGCAUCUUCAUCCUUCGUUGUCGUACAAUCAUAAUAAUAAGACAGACAGAAUUAUAAUCGAAAUGAUUUAUAUUCGUAAAUCUUUUAAUCACACAAUUAUAAAAAUAAAAACGGAAAACUAAGUGAA